UUUUCACGUGCUUGUAUAAAAUGGCUACUACAACAACAGGACAGUGUGAAGAUAAAGAAGAAAGGGAAGAGGCAGCGGAGUCUGACGAGGAGGCAGAGGAAGAUGAGGACCUACCAGAAACUAGUGGAGAUGAAGAGGAUGAUGGCGAGGCUGAAAAUCAGUUGAUACAAGCCAUUGCACUACUGGGAAAGAGACAGUAUACUAGACAAUGGAAUGAACCAUCAAGCAUCAUAUCAGAAUUUAACAUAUCAACUGAUCAACAAAAAAGUAUUGACACAAGUGAGCUAUUGCAAGGACUCACUAACAAGAAAGGACUGAAACAACUGAAGCAGAGACUGAAUAAAUUAAGUGAUAACACAACUCAGCUACUCAAACCAUUAGCCCCAAUACAAAAAGACAGAAUCCAUCGUAAAUUAGCUUACGAGAAAUCGUCAAAACAAAUCUCGGACUGGGAUCCAAUUGUCAAGCACAAUAAGAGAGCUGAUCACUUGCAGUUUCCAUUGCAAGAGGAUGUACCUGCCAUUCCAUCACUAAACACUAAAGUCGAAUCUUUUAAAGCAGUGACUCCAUUAGAGCAAAAGGUACAGUUUCAAAGACACUGUCAGCAGGUCUUUGGGAUUGCCAUGUUGUCCUAAUAUACUCUCCAUUUGAGCCAGCACCCUCAUUGAAUACAGAGCAGUACAGUGACACAUUGUUUCCUUCUUCUGCUAUCACGUAUAUUGGCUGAGACUUGCUUGAUGGAUCAGUAACAAAA